CAUUUGUCCGUUGCAAUAUCCUUCGAGUGAUCCCUCGAGACGCAUCGACACGUCAGAAAUCACAAAACCUAGCUGCUCGACGUUGAAAUCGAAUUUCAUACAUAGAGUGCCGGCACUCAAUUUCACCCACUAUGAUGUAACAAUCUGACAUACAUUCAUUAUUUCUAGUUACAUCCUUGCAUAUUCUCCGAAUAACCUCAAGAACAUUCUGCCCUAAAACGCUCGUUAUAAAAAAAGUGCUCUUCGUCCAGUGAUCACACUUGUAUUCCUCGAGAUGGACGAUCUGAAAUCUAUCGAGAGACUUCCAGAUGAAAUCCUUUCUCGAAUAUUUUUGCAACUACUUUACGAAGAUUAUAAUGAAAGACCACCUUCUUGGAAUCCAUGGACUCAAUCACCACACGUGCUCAACUUCUGCUUGACGCAGAGGAGAUUUCACAGAGCAUAUUCCUUAUGUAAAUUGCGAACACCCAAGUCCAAGCUUACACCUAUAUUCAAACUCUCCAACGAGGUUCUAGAGAACAUCCUUGAAUAUCUCGUUCAUAAUUCUGGGAAAUUGAUUCCUAUUGACCAUAGAGCCUCUUUAAGUGUAGAGAGUUUUCAGUCUAUGCCACCACAAUCCUUGGAGGAUACGAACAUUACCACAACUCUUAGCCGUACAUGUAGGAAAUUCUACAGUUUGUUAUUAGGAAGACAGUUUGCCCGUGUCUCCAUUCGAUGCUCCGAUGCUGGUUUCAAUCGGUUGAAAUUUUUGGUAGAAGAGCGCCCUCACUUAUCUGAGCAUGUCAAAAAGUUCUCGUACAUGAUUCCUGUCUUUUACCAUCGAGGCUUAAGUCAACUUCAGAUUUUAUUCGAUGAGACACACGCAACGACAGUUGAUCUCGAGAGACAAGUGACUCUCAAACAAAUAAAUGGCAAUGCACGUCAAGUCGAUAGAUCUCGACCAUCGCUUAAGCAGCUUCGAACAAAGCUUGAUCGCAGUCGCAAGGAUGAGCUCACUAUUUUUCGAGUAUUAUCACGAGCACGUGAACAAUCUACUAUCAUCAAUAAUAGAAUUGAUGUACAGAGUUUACUACGCGCCUUUCGAUUGUUCAAGCAUCUUCAACAAAUCCGUCUCAUGAGAGUUCAGGAUAGAGUAGAUAUGGAUUGGUCUUCCUUCCUCCGAGAAAGACGCUGGAUCGCCUUUUCUCAAAACAACAACAAUAACAACAAUACAACCGACCCUAUUCUAUCUCUCGAUCUCGACCCGCUGGAAUGGACAGCCGCAUGCGAACAUUCCGCCCGGGCCCUCGGCUACGCAUUUCUUGAAUCCGGAUCCCCGGCAACACGCUUCUCAUCCCGUUUCGUCAACCCGCGUAUUCCAUUCCUUCUAAAUUCACAUUCCCAUAACACAAUAUCGACCCUGGCAAAUAGACUUACUUGCUUAGAAAUUCAAAUACAGGAACCUUCGGAUGAUAAAAUGUAUCAACUUUCAUCUCUCUUCAACACGUUCUUCACUUCGGCCCAUCAAAUUCAGGGUCUUCAUGUGGGUUUCCCAUCUAAUAGACCACUUGCUCAUGUACCCCUCGAAGCGGUUUUUCAUAAUGUCACCUGGGAGAAUCUGAGAUACUUGGGGUUUGGAGCAUGGCAUUUGGAUAGUGAGGAGAUCAUCGGAUUGCUCAGGAGACAUAAAUAUACAUUGAGGAGCGUGAGACUUAGAAGUGUAAAAUUGAAAGAAGGGAGUAGCUGGAUUGAAGUCGUGCGGAUGUUAAGGAGAGAGUUGCGGGAAUUGAAAUGGGUCAGCUUGAGAGGGAUUGGGUAUGUAGGCGGAGGGACAAAUGGAAAUACAAAUGGGAUCGCAGGGGUAGGUGGAAUUGGAAUUGGAAUGGGACCCGGAAACCAGGGAAAUAAUCCUAUUAUCAAUAAUCCUAUCGAUGCAGAUAUGGACCUUGACGACUCGAGCGACGAGAGCGACGAAGAGGUGGAUUUUGAAGAUACGGCGAUUGGAGAUCGUACGUUGAGUCAUCAUAGUAGUUCGGUACAUUUGCCUUCUUCUUCUUCUGCUUCGUCGUUGAAUAAGGAGAAGGGGUUGGAAUUAGGAGAGCAGAACCGGAGAGGAGGGGGAGAGGGGAGAGUGUGCCAUGAGGAGAUAAAUUGCGAGUGUGCGAAUGGAUAUGCAAUGGCGGAUUUGGGGGAGCAGGGCAGCGAGGUCGUGUUGAAGCAGCAUUGGAAGUUUUGGGAGUUGUGGGCUGUGAAGAGGUGUGCGGUGCAUGAUGGGAUGUGCUGAAAGGGGAGGGGAAUUGGGGUGCGGUAUUGGAUUGGAUUGGAUGGGAUGGGGUGCGGUAUUGGGAUGGGUUAGGGUGGGUGGAAUAGCGUGGGGGUA